AUGAAUGAAGGAUUUAACAGAGCACUCUCCAUAUUCUCACCGGACGGCAGAAUAUUUCAAGUGGAAUAUGCACAAUUAGCAUCAGAAAGAGGGUCACCAGUUAUAUUUUACUCUAACGGUAAGACAAUUGCUGUAGCAAUCGAAAAAAGAGCCGAGAGUAAGCAUAAAGUACUAUCCGACUUGGACAAAUUUAAAGAGGUUGAAACUGGGAUUUACUUGACAUUUGCUGGUAUAUGGCCAGACAGUCUUGUUAUUAUUGAUAAGGCAGUUCUUAUAGCAAGGGAGUAUGCGUAUAAAAUAGGUGAAAGCAUUGACAUACUUAAAUUAACACUGGAAUUAAGUGAUUACAUACAGAAAUAUACAAUAACUGGUGGGUAUAGGCCAUUUGGUGUUAAAGUGGUGCUAUUUGGGUUCCAUAAAGGCAGUUCAAUUAUUUCAAUGAUUGAGCCUGAUGGUAAUUAUGCAAUGUAUAAAGGGGGUGCAAUAGGUACAAAGAGUGACAAAGCCGUGAAGGAAUUAGAAAGCAUAACAGAAGAAGAGCCAAUUAUUGCAGUGGCUAAGACUCUUUAUAGCGUAGCACAGAAGGAUGCAAAUAAAAUGUCAUUAUUUCAGAUUACACCUGAAAUGGCUACAAUAUUAUCACAGGCAGAAGUAUCUGAGAUAAUAGAUUCAUUUGAAUAAUAAAGAUAAUACGGU